AUGCGGGUACUCACGCACCACCGACAUGCCGUCAAUAGGGGAAGUGCGACCCUCGGUGGUCUGACUAUGGUGAACACCGCGUAUUCCUUCCUCUUUGCAUUCCCUGUUGCUGUGGUUUCGCUAGUCGUGCGGUGGCACAAAAAACUCACUUUGAAUCAGCGAGCGCUUUGCGUAACUUGCCUGGUCGUGUGGACGCUCGUGGACGUGCUGCGUCUACACUUGGGAUAUAGCGGUAACCGAAAACAGUACGUGCCCUCUCUAAUCGGCUUUUUUGUGAUGACCCUUCUGCCGCAGCUUCCCCUCGCCAUAGCUUAUAACUUAGCUUGGCCACAUCUUAGCUCUCUCGACUACGCCACGAGUACAGUGAUGAUAAUGUUGCUCGUAGCGGAGAUCGUGUUUAGUCUCCGGGUGAUCGUUCGACUUAUUCGCAAUAAUCGCAUAGACUACUAUGUGUAUGGGCCAUACCAUGUCCGGGAUCUCUACUAG